AUGUCAACCCAAAUUUGGAUAGAAAAGUACCGUCCAAAGGUUUUGGAUGAGAUGGUUGGGAACGAAGAAGUAUUAACUCGAUUGAAGGUGCUAGCGAAACAUGGAAAUAUGCCAAAUUUGCUGCUCUCUGGUCCUCCAGGAACCGGAAAGACCACCAGUAUUCACUGUUUGGCCUCGGAAAUGCUUGGAAACAAAUACGGAAGAGCAGUUUUGGAGUUAAAUGCAUCGGAUGAUCGUGGUAUUGAUGUUGUCAGAGAUAAAAUUAAGACUUUUGCCAGAGAAAAAAUAGACUUACCAGAAGGAAGACACAAGAUAGUAAUACUGGACGAAGUAGACAGUAUGACAGACUCAGCUCAACAAGCCCUUAGAAGAUUAAUGGAGGUAUACUCGGAAAGUACUCGUUUUGCUUUGGCCUGUAAUCAGUCAACAAAAAUUAUUGAGCCAAUUCAAAGUAGAUGUGCAAUUAUAAGGUACUCGAAGCUAACAGAUGCACAAAUCAGGAAAAGACUAUUUGAAAUUAUAAAAAUGGAAAACAUCCCAUAUGUUGACUCUGGAAUUGAUACUCUUGUAUUUACUGCAGAUGGAGAUAUGAGAAUUAUCAUUAAUAAUCUCCAAGCAACUUACCAUGGAUUUUCCAUGGUUUCCAGAGAUAAUGUACUAAAAGUCUCUGACAUUCCUUCUCCUGAGAAAAUUAAAAGUAUAUUGGAUUCGUGUGUCAAAUGUAACUGGAGAUUAGCUCAUUCCAUUGUUGAAGAACUUUUUAUUGGAGGGUAUUCUCCACUCGAUAUUGUCAUUACUAUGAGAAACGUGUUAAAGAGAUAUCAGCUCUCUGAAAGGGCCACUUUGGAGUAUCUAAAGGAGGUUGGGAGAUGCCACUUUGUCAUGCUCGAUGGGUGUGCAACCCCCUUGCAGUUAGAUAAACUCCUUGGCCAACUGUGUAUGAUCUCUGCCAGGUGUGGCUUAAACUCAAAUCAAACUAAUUAA